AUGACCUUGAAUAUAGAAAUAUGGCUGAUAAUAACGCGUUGUCACCGACCCUCGAUAGAUAUGGUUACAAAUGGAUCACAUCGUGACUAUGCUUUGGAAUAUUCCGAUCGUAAAAUGUAUUUUGACGCAGCUCUAACAGCUCUUAGGCAUAAGCUUGCAGCUAAGUCUUGGUGUAAAGCGCUUACUAUUAAACCCAACAAGGCUCUACUAUCGUUUAUGGCUAGAUUAGCAGCGGUGACAUCAGUCGUUGCACUCUUUAAAAUGAAUUGUGGUAUGGUGAAAGUGCCUAUGACUAUAUGGCUCAAUAUGAGCUCCAACUGA